CUUCCCUCGCUCUUUGCCCCGCCAGCCGCAGGGGAAUGCUGGGUUUGCUCUCUCAGCCUGACUUUAUUUUGCUGCCAGCCUUGCUGUGAGGGCCGCGGAGGCGCGUCUUGGCUGCGUGAGGAGCAGGGCUGGCUCACGGAGCUGAUGCACGGCUCUUCCAUCUUCUGCUCGCAGUGCUGACUCGCCUUUGACUGAGGGAUUUGCUUAAUGCACCUCUCCUAUGCGUCUGCAUUUAUUCUGGGCAUCCAUAGGGUAUCUUGAUAAGUGUCUCAGGUCUUUUGAACUUUAAGGUAAGAGCCCCAAAGAUGGGCUUAUAAGCUUUCAGGGCAGGAGCUGCAUUUCUCUUUUCCCAGCCAGUACCUCGGGGGUCUCAAGCAGUGACUGUCAUCUUCACAAGCAACUUUAUACCCAACUAAAACCAGUGAGAGACUGAGCGUCAGUUUUCCUGCUUUGAGGGCCUCGUCAGCAAGCUGAGAAAUUGAGAAAGGCUGGCUAAAAACCUGUGUUUGCCUUCUUAGAGAUGGAGAGGGUCACUGGGAGCGUGGGUUGCAGGGCUGCUCGCGGGAAGCUGCUGCCCUGGCAGGGCAGUACAGUGCAUCAAAGCAAACCUUUGCUCCUUGGGUUUGCUCUGGCUGAGCGGCCAACUGGAGGGAGCCGUUAGGGAGGAAUUAAAAUGGAAGCCCCUGGUGGCAAAGGGCUAUUUACCUUCUGAGGAAUUAAACUCCCAUUUUAUUUCUCUUGGGUUUUGAGUGCCGAAAGGAGCAAAUCGGGCUGUGUGGUGUGUUGCGUCCCUCUGGCCGUUGCCCAGGUGUGGGAGGGCUGCGAUGUGCACAUUGCCGCAGCUCAGCUUUUGCACCAACAUUGAAAUGUCCCUGAAAAAUUUGGGAACUGCAGCAUCCUUAGGGCAUUCCUGGCCCUACCACUGUUGGUGGGAAGGGCAUGGCUCGCACUGCUGUGGUGGGGCCAGCCCCAGCGUGGGUCUGUGGUUGCUGCGUGUGAUCCAAAACCUGUGCUCUGAAGCCUCGGGUCUGUCUUCCUCCACAGCUGAGCUUUGUGAUUGACCAUGAACGCUAGUGGCCCUGGCUAUCCGUUAGCUUCUCUCUAUGUGGGAGACCUCCACCCGGAUGUGACCGAAGCCAUGCUCUACGAGAAGUUCUCGCCUGCUGGGCCCAUCAUGUCCAUCCGAGUCUGUCGGGAUGUUGCCACACGCCGAUCACUGGGCUAUGCCUACAUAAACUUCCAGCAGCCUGUGGAUGCUGAGCGAGCCCUGGACACCAUGAAUUUUGAAGUGAUCAAAGGCCGUCCCAUCCGCAUCAUGUGGUCCCAGCGGGACCCCGGGCUCAGGAAGUCGGGGGUUGGAAACGUCUUCAUCAAGAACCUGGACGACUCCAUUGAUAAUAAAGCCCUGUACGACACGUUCUCUGCCUUCGGAAACAUCCUGUCGUGCAAGGUGGUUUGUGAUGAAAACGGAUCCCGUGGCUAUGGCUUUGUUCACUUUGAGACUCAUGAGGCAGCGACUCGGGCCAUUGAGACCAUGAAUGGGAUGUUGCUCAACGACCGGAAGGUAUUUGUUGGCCAUUUCAAAUCCCGCAAAGAGCGUGAGGCAGAGUUUGGGGCUAGGGCGAUGGAGUUCACCAACGUCUACAUCAAAAACUUUGGGGAUGACAUGGAUGAUGACAGACUGCAGGAAAUAUUCUCCAAGUUUGGAAAGACGCUAAGUGUCAAAGUCAUGAUGGACAACACUGGCCGCUCAAAGGGCUUUGGAUUUGUCAACUUCGAGAAGCACGAAGAAGCCCAGAAGGCGGUGGCCGACAUGAAUGGGAAGGAGAUCAAUGGGCGGGUAGUGUACGUGGGCCGAGCCCAGAAGCGGCUGGAGCGCCAGAGCGAGCUGAAGCGGAAAUUUGAGCAGAUCAAGCAGGAGCGAGUGAGCAGGUACCAGGGGGUCAACCUGUACGUGAAGAACCUGGAUGAUGGGAUAGAUGAUGAGAGGCUGAGGAAGGAGUUCUCUCCUUAUGGCACCAUCACCAGUGCCAAGGUGAUGACAGAGGGUGGCCACAGCAAAGGGUUUGGGUUUGUAUGUUUUUCCUCCCCAGAAGAGGCUACCAAGGCCGUGACGGAAAUGAACGGACGGAUCGUCAGCACUAAGCCCCUCUAUGUCGCGCUCGCUCAAAGGAAAGAGGAGCGGAAAGCAAUCCUCACCAACCAGUACAUGCAGAGAUUAGCCACCAUGAGGGCCCUGCCUGGCCCUCUCCUGGGCUCCUUCCAGCCCCCCCCGGGGUACUUCCUACCCCCCAUCCCGCAGCCGCAAACCAGAGCUACCUUCUACAGCCCUAGCCCAGUUAUCCCAGUCCGUCAUGCCACUCGCUGGAGUGCGCAGCCCUCCCGGCCUCCCUCAGCAUAUCCUGCAGCUACCCCCAUCCUGAGGGCUGCCGCGCCGCCUCGGCGCCUGCUGUCCAACAUCAGCACCAUGAGACAGGCCUCCACCCAGGUGCCCCGUGUGCCCCCCCAGGCCCAGAGAGUGGCCAACAUUGGGACGCAGACGGUCAGCGCCCGGGUGCCCUCCUCGCCCACCCUGCCGCGGGGUGCCCCGCAGUACAAGUACUCCUCAGCUGUCAGGAAUGCCCACCCGCCCGUGGUGGCCCCACAGGCGGGAGAACCUGCUGUGCAUGUCCAGGGGCAGGAGCCGCUGACAGCAUCCAUGCUUGCAGCAGCCCCUCCUCAGGAGCAGAAGCAAAUGAUAGGUGAGCGCCUCUACCCUCUGAUCCAUGCAAUGCAUCCCUCGCUGGCUGGCAAGAUCACUGGGAUGCUGCUGGAGAUUGAUAACACGGAGCUGCUGCUGCUCCUAGAGUCCCCCGACUCCCUGCACUGCAAGAUCGAGGAAGCAGUGGCUGUUCUCCAAGCGCACCAGGCUACCGAGACAUCGCACAAGAGCAGCACCACGGCAUUCCUGCAGUGACCCCGGACUUCAGGACUGAUAGCAAGCCCUGAGAACAUUGCCUUUGAAGAACAGCAGUGGCAAGCCCACCAUGCUUUUGGAAUCGUGCCUGUACAGUGACCCUGGCUUGUCUUCAGUGCCCCAUCCUAUUUUUUUGUGUGUAUUGUAAACCUGGCAGAAUUUCUUCUUCCUGCACCUGUAAAAAAAUUCCAACGUUAAUUCUUUUCUCGCCACUGAAAGCAUCUUGUGAAAAUGUAGUGUGGAACCUAGCCUGAUUCAGUUGCCCAGGAAAUGACAAGUGCUGAUCAUCAUUUUUAGUGAAUUUAUUGAGUUCUGUAGUUUUAUUUGUUCCUGUAGCUGACACUAAUAAAGAACUGAUGCUUCUACCCCCAAAGCAUGGGUUAGUUCCC